UUAAAUUUUGAUAAAAUAAAAAUAGUUAUAAGAAGAUUGUAGAAGCUAGACAUUCUCAACGACAUCCAUAGGACGUAUGGUCAUUUUUUUGUGUUUUUGUAGAUGUGGCUUGUUGGGAUUCAAAUGUCAAAAACCUGGUAAUCUCUUCAGCUGUUCUUGAAUACUACUGGUACUAGUUUUAAUUUUGUUUUUAUACAUUUGUUUCUCUCAACUCUUCAUUUGCCACUCACUGUGUUUUGUUAUUCGUGAUGCAAUAUCUUUCUAGAUUUGAUCUCAUUCAUCAAUAUCUGAAUCUAUUCUAUUCCCUUCCAUUUUUAUGAGUACAACGUGAUGCUCUCUGCCUUGUCCUCUUGUCCACCCAUAGUCUGAUUCGCUCGUCUGCAGAAACUUCUCUGAGAAAUUUCUUAAACCCCUUUAUUUGCUUUAUUUUGAUACACACACAUUUUUAGUACUUUGUUGCAAAAAUUAGUAGUCUUCUCUUUGGGUUAAAUGCUUGUGCUACUGUUGUGUUCUUGGUUUGAUAGCUUUGUUGUAGACUAGUAGCGAGAAAUGGUGUCAAAAUCAUACUCAAACCUCUUGGAGCUUGCCUCUGGGGAUGCUCCGUCGCCGUCUUUUGGCCGUAUGAACCGUCGAAUUCCGCGAAUUAUGACGGUGGCGGGUAUAAUGUCAGAUCUAGAUGAUGACCCAUCAGAGAGUGUGUGCUCUGAUCAGUCCUCGUCGUCGGUCCAGCGUGACCGGAUAAUUAUUGUAGCUAACCAGCUGCCCAUAAGAGUGCAGCGAAAAUCGGAUAAUAGCAAGGGUUGGGUUUUCAGUUGGGAUGAGAAUUCACUUCUCCUUCAAUUGAAAGAUGGGUUGGGGGAUGAUGAAUUUGAUUUCAUAUAUGUGGGUUGUCUCAAGGAAGAGAUUCACCCAAAUGAACAAGAUGAGGUCUCCCAGAUACUCCUUGAGACAUUCAAGUGUGUGCCCACUUUUCUACCACCAGAUCUGUCUAGCAAGUACUAUCACGGGUUCUGCAAACAACAAUUGUGGCCUUUGUUCCAUUACAUGUUGCCCCUGUCACCGGACCUCGGUGGUAGGUUUAAUCGGUCGCUGUGGCAGGCUUAUGUCUCGGUGAAUAAGAUUUUUGCAGAUAGGAUUAUGGAAGUGAUUAACCCAGAAGAUGAUUUUGUAUGGGUUCAUGACUAUCAUCUCAUGGUGUUACCCACCUUCUUGAGGAAGAGGUUCAAUAGAGUAAAACUUGGUUUUUUCCUCCAUAGCCCUUUUCCUUCAUCGGAGAUUUAUAAGACUUUACCAAUCAGGGAAGACCUUUUGCGGGCUCUUCUGAAUUCUGAUUUAAUUGGAUUCCAUACUUUCGACUAUGCCAGGCAUUUCCUCUCGUGUUGCAGUCGAAUGCUUGGUCUGUCUUAUGAAUCAAAACGGGGUUAUAUUGGCCUUGAAUAUUAUGGUCGGACCGUAAGUAUUAAAAUUCUUCCUGUUGGUAUCCAUAUGGGUCAGCUUCAAUCUGUCUUGAGUCUUACAGAGACGGAAGCAAAGGUUGCCGAGCUCAUUAGCCAGUUCUGUGAUCAGGGUAGGAUACUGUUGCUUGGGGUGGAUGAUAUGGACAUAUUUAAGGGCAUUAGCUUGAAGCUAUUGGCAAUGGAACAGCUGCUUGUGCAGCACCCAGAGUGGCAGGGGAAGGUUGUUUUAGUGCAAAUAGCCAAUCCAGCUAGGAGCCGAGGCAAAGAUGUAAAAGAAGUGCAGUCUGAGACAUAUUCAACUGUGAAGCGGAUAAAUGAAACUUUUGGUAAACCAGGGUAUGAACCUGUUGUCUUGAUCGACCAGCCCCUCAAGUUUUAUGAGAGAAUUGCUUAUUAUGUUGUUGCUGAAUGUUGUUUGGUCACGGCAGUUAGGGAUGGGAUGAAUCUCAUUCCAUAUGAAUACAUAAUCAGUCGCCAAGGAAAUGAAAGACUAGAUAAAAUUUUGGGAUUGGAAGCAUCCACUCCAAAGAAGAGCAUGUUGGUUGUAUCUGAAUUUAUUGGGUGCUCCCCUUCUUUAAGUGGAGCAAUUCGAGUAAACCCGUGGAAUAUUGAAGCAGUGGCUGAUGCAAUGGAGUGUGCAUUAGAGAUGGCUGAGCCAGAAAAACAGUUACGGCAUGAAAAACAUUAUAGAUAUGUUAGUAGCCAUGAUGUUGGGUAUUGGGCUCGUAGUUUCUUGCAAGAUUUGGAGAGAACGUGUAAGGAUCAUGUGCGGCGCAGGUUCUGGGGUAUUGGAUUUGGUUUAAGUUUCAGGGUUGUUGCACUAGAUCCAAGUUUCAGGAAGCUCUCAAUGGAGCACAUUGUUUCAGCUUACAAAAGGACUACCACUAGGGCAAUUCUUCUGGAUUAUGAUGGUACUCUAAUGCCUCAGGGUUCAAUUGAUAAGAGUCCAAGCUCUAAAACCAUUGACAUCCUAAACAGUUUGUGUAGAGAUAAGAACACUAUGGUUUUCAUUGUCAGUGCAAGGAGCCGAAACACGUUAGCAGAAUGGUUUUCUUCUUGUGAAAAGUUGGGGAUAGCAGCUGAGCAUGGCUAUUUCCUUAGGCUGAAGCGAGAUGUGGAAUGGGAAAUAUGCGUACCCAUCGUAGACUGUAGCUGGAAGCAGAUUGCAGAACCAGUUAUGAAGCUUUACACAGAGACAACUGAUGGUUCCACGAUUGAAGACAAGGAAACUUCACUCGUCUGGUGUUACGAGGAUGCAGAUCCUGAUUUUGGAUCUUGUCAAGCCAAGGAACUUCUUGAUCAUCUCGAAAGUGUACUUGCCAAUGAACCAGUAAUGGUCAAGAGUGGGCAGAAUAUUGUGGAGGUUAAGCCACAGGGUGUAAGCAAGGGACUUGUGGCCAAACGCUUACUUUCCACCAUGCAAGAGAGGGGAAUGUCACCAGACUUCGUCCUCUGCAUAGGAGAUGACCGAUCUGAUGAAGACAUGUUUGAGGAAAUUAUCAGUUCCAUUGCUGGCCCAUCUAUAGCGCCUGGUGCAGAAGUUUUUGCUUGUACUGUUGGUCGAAAGCCAAGUAAGGCCAAGUACUAUCUGGAUGAUACAGUGGAAAUUGUUAGGUUGAUGCAGGGCUUGGCCUCCGUUGCACAGCAAACAUUCCCCAUGUAGGCUUUGCAAAUAUUUAGAAAGGUGCAAUCUGCAACCACAUGGCCGAAUAUUACCAUCAAAUAGUAGGUUUUUUCCUUCUCUUGCUAUGUAAGUUGGUGUAGUGCUGCUAAGAGAAGUUGCGAAAUGGAUAAUUUUUCUAGUGUUUGAUUGCCAUCUAAUGAAGCUGUUAAUAUGUUUUCGUGUCAUGACAUCUUGUUCUCUCUGUUGCAUAUGUGUGUUAAUAGGUUCCCUUGGCAGGAAAAUUUGUUUUAUUUUUUUAAAAAAACCUUAUAUCUUGUAUUCUGGACUGGGAUCACCCUUCAUGGUGGUACAAAUGGAAUUUCAGUUCAUUUGGGAAA